AUGAGCAAGAUGCAAUUACUAAGCUUGGAAAAACUUUACGCCGAGUGGAGAACUCUUCAAAAAGACCGGAAGAAAACACCGGAAACGGCUAAGAACAAAUUUAAACAGUUCGUUGAAAAGUUGGAUGAUCUCUUUGAUAUUGCUCAGCAAGAUGCCUUGGCUCUGAUGAAAUCGGAAGAAGAUAAGGCGUUUCUCGUGAAACAGAGGCAGAAGGGCCGCCCAGGUUCCAUGACUGGAGUGGAUCUUAAGUUGUCUCGAGCUGAAGAAAUCAAGAAUUUGAUAGAUGAUCUCAAAAGCAAACUGGAAGGAAAUUUGGAAAAAGUUAUCCUAGCUAUGAUGAUGCCUGCUGCAGAAUAUUAUGCAACAUGUCUCUAUAAAGCCAUAUCAGGAGCUGGUACUGAUGAAGAUGUCCUUGUAGAAAUAAUGUGUACUAUGAAUAAUUAUCAUAUCAAACUUAUCAGAGAAACAUAUGAAAAAAUGUAUGGAAAUUCUCUCGAGGACGAUCUUAAAGGAGAUACAUCAGACACAUUCAAACGCCUCAUGGUCUCGCAGUGUAGCGCAGCAAAAGACAGAAUCUUUGGUCUACAAAUAGAUCAAGCAAUUGCCGACGCCCAGGCUCUCGCAGACGCUGUGAAAGGUCAAUGGUGUACCGACGAAUCGACCUUUAACAUGAUUUUAUGUCAAAGAAGCUUCCCUCAAGUUCAGGCUACUUUCGAUGAGUACCAGAAAAUCACAGGAAAGGAUAUUGAAGAUGACAUCAAAAGGGAGUUUUGUGGAAACGGUGAAGACGGUGUGUUGGCCGUUGUGGAGUUCACAAAAAAUCCAGCGGCUAUUUACGCCAAAAGAUUGCACAAAAGUAUGGCCGGCUUGGUGACAAAUCACGACCAGUUGAUUGGGUUGAUUGUGUCCAGAUGUGAAUUCGAUAUGGAGGAUAUCAAGGCCGAGUACGAGAAAAUCUAUGGAAAAUCGCUUGAAGAAGCUAUAAAAAGAACUCCCACCGUAUACCCGGCCGAUCCUUUCGACCCUGCAGCCGAUGCCGAAACCCUAAGAAAAGCCAUGAAAGGUUUUGGUACUGAUGAAAAAGCCAUAAUUAACGUGUUGGCCAGAAGAACAAACCAACAACGUCUCGAGAUUGCGCAGCAAUUCAAAACCAUGUAUGGAAAGGAUUUGAUAGAUGAUCUCAAAAGCGAACUGGGAGGAAAUUUGGAAAAAGUAAUUCUAGCUAUGAUGAUGCCUGCUGCGGAAUAUUACGCAAAAUGUCUUCAUAAAGCCAUAUCAGGAGCUGGCACUGAUGAAGAUGUCCUUGUAGAAAUAAUGUGUACAAUGACAAGUAAUGAUAUCCAAAUUAUCAGAGAAACAUAUGAAGAAAUGUAUGGGAACUCUCUCGAGGAUGAUCUUAAAGGAGAUACAUCAGGCACCUUCAAACGCCUCAUGGUCUCGCUCUGUAACGCAGCAAGAGACGAAUGCUUCGAUGUAAACCCAGAUCAAGCAACCGCCGACGCGGCGGCUCUCGCAGACGCUGGCGAAGGUCAAUGGGGUACCGACGAGUCUACCUUCAACAUGAUUUUAUGCCAAAGAAGCUACCCCCAACUUCAGGCUACUUUCGAUGAGUACCAGAACAUCACAGGAAAGGAUAUUGAAGAAUCCAUCAAAAGCGAGUUCUCUGGAAGCGCUGAGGAUGGCAUGUUGGCCGUUGUGAGAUCCACGAAAAAUCCUGCGGCUUUUUACGCCAAAAGAUUGCACAAAAGUAUGGCCGGCAUGGGGACAAAUGACGACCAGUUGAUCAGGUUGAUUGUGUCCAGAUGUGAAGUCGAUAUGGAGGAUAUCAAGGCCGAGUACGAGCAAAUGUAUGGGAAAUCGCUGGGGGAGGCUAUAAGAGGAUCAUCGCCUUACCCGCAACAACAGUAUAGCCCUUACCCCCAACAAGGGGGAGCACCUCCCCCCCAUAACCUUGGUUACCCCUCAGGAGCCCCGAUGACCAUGCCACAACCUAUGCCUAUGCCUACAUACCCCCCAUCCAACCCUAGCUAUCCUCCCAGCUCAGGAGGUUACCCUCCAAGUUCAGGAGGUUAUCCUCCCAGCUCAGGAGGUUACCCUCCCAGUUCAGGAGGUUAUCCUCCAAGUGCAGGAGGUUAUCCUCCAAGUGCAGGUGGUUAUCCUCCGCAUAAUUCAGGAGGUCACCCUCCUAUGUCCGGAGGUUAUCCCCCAAGUUCUGGAGGCUAUCCUCCGCAUAAUUCAGGAGGUAGCCCUCCUAUGUCCGGAGGUUAUCCUCCACAAAGCUCAGGUGGAUAUCCACCAAGUCAAGGGGGUUAUCCUCCUCAGAACUCCGGGGGUUAUCCUCCAAGCCAUGGUGGGUCGUAUCCUCCCAACCCCAGUGCUCCAGGUGCUCCUCCUCAUGGGGGUCAUGGGGGUCAAUACGGCCCAUCUGGAGGAGGUCAUACAGGGCAACCAUUUAGUUAUACUGGGGGACAGGGACAACCAGCUUUAAAACCUAAGAGGACUCCCACAGUGGUACCAGCACAAUCUUUCGACGCAAGACAUGAUGCGGAAAUCCUCAGAAAGGCCAUGAAAGGCUUUGGUACCGAUGAAAAGGCCAUCAUAGAAGUACUAACAAAAAGAAGUAACACCCAAAGAUUAGAAAUCGCAGUACAAUUUAAAACAUUGUACGGGAAGGAUUUGAAAAGCGAACUAAGUGGAAAAUUCGAGGAUUUGGUUGUGGCCCUUAUGACUCCAUUACCACAGUUUUACGCAAAAGAACUUCAUGAUGCCAUUGACGGUGUAGGUACCGAUGAGGAUGUACUUAUUGAAAUUUUAUGUACAAUGUCCAACAAUGAAAUUAGGACUAUUAGAGCCGCAUAUCACACCAGUAAGUAG